GUUCAGUUCACUUCAUCACUAGACAUCAAACAGGAUAGUUCAAAAUUUUCCAUAUUUGAAGAAAAAAUAGCUCAACUAAAAACCAAAUAGACUAAAUACUCUUUUUGCCCAACGCGCCUGGGAAUAACAAACAAAAAUGUCGCAAGAAAAGAAUACAAACUCGAAAUCCAAUUUAGAUGCCAACACCAACGAUCGAUCAUCCUCGCCAGCACCGCCGUCCCUGACUUCGUCGAUGUCGUUUUCCCUUCGACAACCGCCACCGGUGCAGUAUCGAUAUUCAAAUGUGUUUCGUCAACUCUUCGAUACGCUUGAAUCGGAGCAUCGCAAGUUGCAAGCACUUGAGCAGAGGCGUCAAAAACUAACCCAAGAGAUGCAGAGUUUGCGGGAAAUGUUGCAACAGGAGAGCCAAAGACUACGUCAAAGUUCGCCAGUGUAUGGCUCAGCUAGAUUUGCUCAUUUGAUGCCAUCGUCGCCAGGACCCGAUGCAAUUGUACUGUCAGCAUCAACACCGCCCCCACCGCCUCCACCACCACCCCCGCCACCCCCACCGGAACAAUUUCUGAAUAGACCCAGUACUAGUAAUUCAGAUGAGUUACAGCAAAAUCGUCAACAGACUCAAAAUAAUCCGAAUUUCCUGCGUAAAGUAUGUGCCACAAGCAAUCACUUUUUAGGAGCCACAAAUCUUGUUGACUGGGACAAUGAGCUUGAACCGCCGCAGAAUCAAGAAGAAUUCAAUGAAAUUGUUUCAUCUUUGCCACCAUUAUUGAACUUUGUCGAUCCGGAUGAUGAUGAAAUUGCGGAGGGAGGGAACGAAUCUACCGAUGCCUUAUCGUUAGAUCCAUUGAGGAGUCUGCCACCAAAUCCACCGCCAAGUGAGUCGGAAUCUUUUGAUGUGGAUCAAUCGAUGUCACCAAAGAUGGAGAACGAGAUUACUGAUGUCAUGGAUGAUGCUUUGCAUGAUGAUUUCUCUAAGGGCUACGGUCACUUGCACUUGAUCCAUCCAGUGAAUCCACCACAUUCAGGUUUCAAUAUGCCACUGACGAAUCUAUCACCGAAUUCGGUACAAUUGGAUAAUGUGGUUCCGAAUGUAUUGAAUAUACCAGCACCACCGCCACCACCACCGCCGCCAUCCGUAUGGCAAUUGCCCAUGUCAGUAUCAUCCAAGAAAGAUAAUGCCCGUGAGAAUGAUGAUGAUGAAGAACGACUUGAUGCUGAUAAUUAGAGAUGUGAUGUUCCUCGUUUUCAAGACAAAAGAGAGUACAAAAUGUUCAAGUUUCGGCAAUAGCUAUACAAAUCAUGUAAAAGCAAACACAGAAUAAACUACAAUAGGAUAUUGCAAAAAUUCUCUCUCUCUCUCUCCACAUCUCUUCAAAAUAUUAUCUCUGGCUGUGUCUCAGAUUUUUCAUUCAAUUUGUUGACCUUUGUUGGCCAACGGCCUCGAUGACAAGCAUAUCAAAACAAAUUAGUUGGCCAACUGUCCGAAACAAAUGUUGUCGUAACAUCAAGAACAACGAGGACCUCACAAGGAUAAGAAGGAGCAGUGGCAUGGAGAAGGCGGAGGAGUUUAGACAGAGGAAAGCAAAUGAUAACCGAGCUAAGAAAAGAGCGCAACAUUAUUUCAAUCAUAAGGGCACACGAUGGAAACUCAGGACUCACUCUGAAGCUCAUCAAAAGCAAACGAAACGAACGUAUGUGAAAAAGGCAACACAAAAAAUAAGAAAAAAAUUCCAAAGAAAUAUACAUUUGUAGCUGUGGAUGGGAUCCAUUCAAGUUGGCCAUCUAUAAUAUACAUACAUGUGCCGGGCAUAUUGAUUGAGGAACCAUUGCGACCCUUAACAUUUUCCACCUCCUGCUGCUAUCCCUGGCCAUCAUUUUUGCCCUUGGGCUGUGCACUGAACCGAGAGACUAAGAAGUGGAGUAAAGUAUUGGAGCUGGACGUGCUACUGGACACACACACACAAAAAUACAGAGAAAUGUAUAAGCACAAGCACACCAUCAACCAUCACCCAUCACCCUUUCCACUAGGUCAAGAGGUCGCACACACACACACUCUCACACGCACACCCAUGUAUGAAGGGAAAAGUUUUGUUAAAUUUGUCAGUGGAAAUAUUCGCGAA